AUGCCUUCUCUGAAUUCGUACGACGGAACACGAGACCCGUUCGAUCACAUUGCUACCUUCAAGACCACCAUGCAUCUCCAAGGGGUUCUUGACGAAAUAAUGUGCAGAGCAUUCCCUACUACGCUCAAGGGCCCAGCACGGGUUUGGUUCAGUAAAAUACCCCCGAAUUCGGGAGAGAACGAGAGUUUACAGUCGUUCAUCACCCGUUUCAACAGAGAGGCCCUGAGUGUGGACGAAGCAGAUGACAAGCUCUUGUUGGCAGCUUUCCAUAAUGGGAGGAAGAGGUCUGAGAGAGUAGACGCAAAUCCCAGUUGCCACUUAGAGCAGGGCCCUCGUCCAAAGAAGGGACGCACGGAAGACAGGAAAGACCGAGACAUUAAGAAGCCGGGCUCUUCAGCACGGAACCAGCAGUAUACCUCUUUGAACGUCCCACUUGAGCAGGUCCUAAUGCAGAUCAAGGAUGAUCCUUCCUUGAAGUGGCCGGAGAAAAUGAGGGGAGAUCCCAAUAAACGCAAUCGGAACAAGUAUUGUUGCUUCCAUAGGGAUCAUGGUCACGAUACGGACGAGUGUUUCGAUUUAAAGCAGCAAAUCGAAAAUCUCAUAAGGCAAGGGAAGCUGAAGAAUUUCCUUGGACAAGAUAACAGGGACGAAAAAAUGAAAGGAAAAAUGGAAGAAUCAUCACGGCCACCAUUCGGAGAAAUAAGAGUCAUUAUAGGGGGAAGUUCGACAGGCCAGUCAUCCAAGUCCAAGAAAGCAUAUUUGAAGGUAGUGCAGAGUGUCCAGCUUUCUGGACGAUCACCGAGAGCAAGGACCACGGACGAAGCAGCGAUCACCUUCACGGACGAAGACGCUGAGAGAAUUCAUCACCCCCAUGAUGAUGCUCUCGUCAUCACCUUAAUGAUUGCUGACUACACAACUAGAAGGGUGCUUGUAGACAACGGAAGCUCGGCGGACAUUUUGUAUUAUCUAGCUUUUCAACAAAUGAGGCUAGGACGAGACCGGCUCCGUCCAGUGAACUCCCCCCUAGUAGGUUUUGGUGGCAUGAAGAUACAACCCGUGGGUACCAUUUCCUUGUCAGUGGUAGUGGGGGCAUACCCACGACAAGUCACCAAGGAUGUGAACUUCCUUGUGGUAGACUGUCCGUCCUCCUAUAACGCCAUAAUUGGACGACCAACUUUGAAUAGUUGGAAGGCCGUUACCUCCACUUACCACUUAUCAGUUAAGUUUCCAACAGAACACGGAGUAGGGCAGGUGCAAGGGGAUCAAUUGGCAGCAAGAGAAUGUUACUUGGCCAUGUUGGCCAUGGACGAGCAAAUUCAAGCCAUGAAUAUUGAAGAAAGGAAAAUGGUAGCUGAGCCUACCGAAGCAUUAGAAGACAUUUCCUUGGACGAAGAGAACCCUGAGAAGUGUACCAGGGUUGGGGCAGAUCUAGAAGAGAAGAUUAAGGAGGGCCUCGUCCACUUUUUGAAGAAAAAUAUUGAUCCAGUGCGGCAAAAAAAGAGGGUGUUUGCCUCUAAGAGAAAUGAUGCUAUCAAAGACGAAAUUCAAAAACUGAUGGGGGCGAGGUUUAUCCGAGAAGUGUACUACCUAGAUUGGUUGGCAAAUGUUGUAAUGGUCAAGAAGGCAAAUGGUAAGUGGAGAAUGUGCGUGGAUUUUACCGACUUGAACAAGGCUUGCCCAAAGGAUAGUUAUCCGCUGCCACGCAUUGAUCAAUUGGUGGAUUCAAUUGCGGGCUACAAGUUGCUUAGUUUCAUGGACGCUUUUUCGGGAUACAAUCAAAUAAGGAUGGAUGAGGCGGAUCAGGAGAAAACAUCCUUUGUCACAAGUCAAGGCUUGUUCUGUUAUAAGGUGAUGCCGUUCGGCUUAAAGAAUGCAGGGGCCACAUAUCAGAGAUUGGUCAAUCACAUGUUUCGACAGCAGAUUGGGCGGAAUGUGGAAGUCUAUGUGGACGACAUGCUGGUAAAGAGCCAAGACGAAGGAAGGCAUCUGGACGACCUGCAGGAGACAUUUGACACGCUGAGACAGUAUCACAUGAAGCUGAAUCCUAGUAAAUGUGCUUUCGGAGUAUCAUCAGGGAAAUUCCUUGGCUUUAUGGUCUCUCAUAAGGGGAUUGAAGCGAAUCCUGAUAAAAUUCAAGCAAUACUAGACAUGAAGCCUCCACAGAAUACAAAGGAGAUCCAAUCUCUUACUGGACGAGUCGCUGCACUCAACAGAAAAGCAUUCGAAUGGACCGACGAGUGUCAGAAAGCUUUUGAGGAUCUGAAGGCAUACCUGACCAAGUCUCCAUUGUUGAGUCCGUCAGUAGUGGGAGAGGAAUUAUACUUGUAUUUGGCGGUAACCCCGUAUGCCGUAAGUUCAGCACUGAUAAGGAAAGAAGGUAAAGUGCAAAGACUCGUGUACUAUACGAGUAAGGCAUUGAGGGGAGCGGAAGGACGAUAUCCACAGAUGGAAAAGUUAGCCUUCGCAUUGAUCACUGCUUCCAGGAAGCUAAGGCACUAUUUCCAGGCACAUGUCAUUAAUGUCAUGACGGAUCAUCCACUCAAGAAGGCGAUGAACAGACUGGAGGCAGCUGGACGAUUGAUUCAGUGGGUCGUCGAGCUCAGCGAAUUUGACAUUAGAUAUCAACCAAGGCAUGCUAUAAAAGCUCAAGCAUUAGCAGAUUUCAUUGCAGAAUUUACCCCAAGUCAUGAAGAGAUAGAAGACAAUGAUAGAUGGGUCGUCCAUGUGGAUGGAUCAUCCACAAAGUAUGCAGGUGGGAUUGGUGUGGUUUUACAGUCCCCAGAAGGAGACAAACUGAGGCACAAGGUUCAUCUACAGUACCAAGCAACUAACAAUGAAGUCGAGUAUGAAGCCCUUCUCAAAGGGCUAGAAUUGAAGAAGUCUGUGGAAGACAAGUCUAUACUCGUCCUGGGUGAUUCUCAGUUGGUCAUGGGGCAAGUAAAUGGAAUGUACGAAGCAAAAGAACUACGGAUGAGGAAAUACCUUAGUAGAGUGAUGCACCUAAUGAAGAGAUUUGAAAAAGCUGAAUUCGUCCAAAUCCCAAGGGAGGAAAACAUGGAAGCUGAUACUAUAGCGAAAGAAGCCUCGGCAAGUGAAUUUAUGGACGAAUCUGACCAAAUUCAGUACAUGCCAAGCAUAGAUAUUCCAGAAGUACAACAGGUGGAAAAUAGAGGAAACUGGAUGACCUCGAUUAUAUCAUACCUGAAAGACGGACAGCUACCAGAAGAGAAAGACGAAGCAAGGAAGCUGAGGGUGAGAUCGGCUAGAUAUCUACUUCUGAACGAAGUGUUAUACAAGAGGGGCUUUUCUCAACCUUAUCUUAGGUGCUUGGCUCCGGACGAAGCAAACUACGUACUGAGGGAAGUUCAUGAAGGAGCAUGUGGCAAUCACUCCGGAGCCAGGUCCCUUGUCUCCAAGGUCAUCCGUGCAGGGUAUUACUGGCCAAAUAUGCAAGCUGAUGCUAAAGCGUAUGUCAAGGUCUGCGACCAAUGUCAACGAUUUAGCAACGUCCCCAGACAACCAUCAGAGUACCUCACCCCGAUGAUGGCACCAUGGCCCUUUGCACAAUGGGGACUAGACAUUUUGGGUCCCUUUCCUCAGGGCAUAAGGCAGAUGAAAUUUCUAGUUGUGGGCAUCGAUUACUUCACAAAAUGGGUGGAAGCUGAGCCGCUGGCGACGAUCACACAACAAAAUAUUAAGCAUUUCGUGUGGAAGAACAUUGUAUGCAGAUUCGGAGUGCCCAAGGUAUUGGUAUCUGAUAACGGACGACAGUUUGGCAAUGCACUCUUUAGGGACUUCUGCGCACACUUUGGAAUACAGAAUCACUAUUCCUCACCUGCUCAUCCUCAAGCAAAUGGUCAAGCUGAAGUGGCAAACCGAUCCUUAUUGAAAAUCAUCAAGACCCGGCUUGAGGGGGCAAAGGGGGUAUGGCUAGAGGAGUUACCUGGUGUUCUAUGGGCCUACAGGACGACGGUGAGAACCCCUACGGGGGAAACUCCUUUCAAGCUAACUUAUGGAAGCGAAGCAGUCAUACCGGCGGAAGUACAUAUGGCCAAUCACAGGGUGAUGAUGUAUAAAGAUAAGGACAAUGAGGAGCAGCUCCGUUUGAACCUUGAUCUAGUAGACGAGGUAAGGGCAGACGCAGAAUACAGAACAACAAAGUACAAGAACCUCAUGGCUAGGCAAUAUGACGCAAUGGCAAGGAUCCUACUACUUGGAGGCCCUGGACGGGAGGAAACUGGAGCACCCUUGGAACGUGGAGCACUUGAGGAGGUACUAUCAGUAAAAGUCAGCCUAGACGGAAGUAUGACCACAGACGAGGCUGGACCUUGUCUGAAGACUUAUUCUACUUAUAUUUAA